AUUUGAUCUAGUCCAUGAAAAUUUCACACAAAAUUUAAUUUGUGUUAUGAUAAUUAUAUGUUAAUCUACUCGGUUGAAUAUCAAUUGCAUUUCCAUAGCUACAAGGCGAUUAUUGUUACAUGCUGUGUAUGGCAAACAAUGCGCGUGGGAUGUGAUGUCAUCAGCCAUACAUGGGGAUGUAUAUAAGCAUGACAAACACAAGUGACCAGUAAUAAACACAGACUCCUAGCGCUGAGAAGAGCUAAAGAACUUCAAAUAUUAAAGUUGUGUAGAAAGUUUUAAAAGUUAUUUUAGAGAGAUGGGUUCAAAUCAUUCAUUGAAUCGUAAGGAAAUCUUACAAGAAUACGGAGUUGUGAACCAUGCCAAUAAUAAAGAGAAGAAUAAUAAUACGAGCAGCGUUCCUACUCUUAUAGACUCUAUGGGAAAGGAGAAUGUUAUUCUAUCGAACCACGACGUGCAACUGGCGACGGCGUACCUUCAUAAAUACGCUCAUGUUAGUAAGCGAAGAAUGAAAACUAUCUUUAUGCCAACUGCGACGAAAAAUACGAACAGUACGAACGAGAAUAAAACUUUAAAACCCGCUCAAGCGAACUCGGCUAUCAUACCCGCAACAACAUUAAACAACACCCAUAAAACGAAGACGCAGAAUAUCUCAAAUGCGAAGGCGGCGUUGACCUCUUCCCAUUUCACGAUGAAAUGUCUUGGAACUUUUGUAUGCGCUCGAUAUUUACGAAUGUUGCCGCACUUAUCCAUCAACGAUGUCAUUACGUGGCUAAAGAGUGUCGACCGUGCACUGACCCUAUCAGGAUGGCAAGAUCAUGCCUUUCUUACCACUCCCAAUAUAACAUUUAUCUACAUGUUAGCGAGAGACUCUUUGCCUGAAAACGUACAGUCUAUGAACCAACUGAAAUCUGAACUAUUAACAAUACUCUACAUGGCCUACACCUAUAGCGGUCCAGAGAUUAGCUACCCUUUAAAACCUUUCCUUUGCGACAAAAAUCGCGCGGAGUUUUGGACCCGUUGCGUUUGGAUCACUAACAACCUUAGCGGUGAUAUGUUGAAAAUCCAUAAAGACAGUCAGUUUUACGAAGAAGUUCAAAUCGAAUUGGCAACCUAUGGCUGUUUGUUCCAAAGAUCGAAGAGAACUUGAAAUGGGUACUUGACUUUGAAGGAUGAAGUCGGACCAGGCCGACCAGCCACCGCCACGAGAUGUCAGAUGGCAUUUGGAGUCACACAAAUGAACCAUGCAGUGUAUCAAAAGUAAAUGACGGUUGAAAAUCCACGAACUUUCCCGAUAAAAUAGCUUUGACAGCUAUAUAGAUUGCCACAUGAGUUAAUCCGAGUAGCUCAAGGCAAGCUAGUAUAGUGAACACUAUAAAAUUGACAUGUCAGAACAUUUAUAAAGGUGACUUGAAUCGUCUCACGCACGAAAAUCAGUACCUUUCAUUAGUAUGCUGACAAAUGAGAUAGAAAAUAUAAUUUUUUACUAAUAAGCAAAUAGAUAGGGAAAUAUAAACAUUCACAAAUAUCCUGUGUAUAUAUUAAGAAAUUUGUUCAUUCUAAUGUCUAUAUAUUUAUACAAAAAUAUAAAAAAUUAUUAAGGGAUUAAUUUAUUGAAAUUGUAAAGCUGGCAUCUGUGAAUCCAGGGUAAAAACAUCACAGUCGAAGAAAAAUAAAAUGAAAAAUGUUCAAAACAAUCCAACGCGUUGUUUUCCUGUUUGAUAUAGCUCCAGGGUCUGCGUGUCUCGACAGCUGUCCAAUUAUAUAAAAUUAUAAGGUUUAAAUAUUUUAGAGAUUCCGUCCUCCGCAGCCGGUAUGCGUCCGCUUGCGUGCGUUCUCAGUAAUCCGACGAAUGGCGCAAAGCCAAAAGCACGCAUGAUUAUAAUCCGUAUUCUGUGAUAUUAAUCAUAACAAUCAAAAGUUCAAAACAUAAAGUUAAAAUGAACAAAUAACUCUCAGAAAGAGUUGUCUGAAAAUCACCAAACAGCUGUGAAGUAUAUUAUAAAUUCAAUGAUUCCCUAUCUUCGGGUCAAAUUGUUUUAUCUUUAGUCAGAUUUAAUGGCCGAUUAUCCUAUCCCGGCAGUACAAACCGCUUAUACGCGUGCUCAAAUGCUCAUAUUAAAAAUCUCACAAGGUCUCCAGCUGCUUUGCGACCGCAAGGGUCAACGCUAAAAUAGAACUGGUGUGAAUAUAUAUAGCUUGGCAAUCUUUUGUGACUAUUUCUGCCCAGAGCAAGAUAUUUUAGGUGACAGUAUGUGUCAGAUGCAACAAUAGGUAUACAUUCGGCCUAAAAUAGCUAGAGACGCGCAAAAGCAAGAUCGAAGUCUUGUUGUUUUGCAUAAACGUCGUCUCACAUCUGUUUGCAUUGAGUAUGCCUUUAUUCAUUUAUGAGAAACAUCAUUAAUCAAACAUACAGCAGUGGCAUAAUGCCACAAAGAAUAAAGAGGUUCUUACAACGUGACCCAUUAAAGGAAUAAUGAAUGUGCGUAUUCAGACGUCGCAAAGACUUAUGUAUAAUUUUCCUCUUAUGAACUAAUGCUCUGCCGACAUGCAAGCGAUAUAAUGUAGUCACCUACUGAAUACUUGCUGCACAGUAGCAAAUAUAUAACUCAUAUAACAAAACCAAAGGCAAGGAUCGAAUUGUUACAUGAACAUGUUCAUGAUCAUGUUCUUGUGCGGUUAUUUCUCAUGCAUUGGAAGCAACAAACGUUAUAGUUAUUAUAGUUAAUAAACUUCAAGGACUUUCGAAUAUGUUUAGGUUUUGAGAGCACUGAAAAAAUGAGUUUUGAACGUUGUACUUGUAUAAACAGUCUAACUUAUAUGUGGAAUGUUCAAUGAAGACGAGUCGCAGUUACGAGACCAAACUGGGAUUCGAAUCCAAGCUCCAAGGCUCGAUUGUGUCACAAACGGCGUCCGUUUGUGAUUGGUUGAAUUUAGUAAUCAUAGACAACUACAGAUUCGCCAGUUUCGAUUCACAAGCACUGCUUAACAGAAUAGACUGAAAAUAAUAAAGUUUGCUGAUUUUGGCAGGCAUAGUUUCGGCAAUAUGAGUAAAUUGGAAGAAAAUUGCAUGCUUUGUAUCACAUUUCUUCAGCAGGGGCCAGGGG